AUGAACAUUGGCGGUGCACCAACUACUACCAAUAAUGGUUCCUAUAGCAAUGAGCAACAUUAUUCUCCUCAAACUACGGCCACUGGUCCAAAUUCAGGGUCAGGUUCAGGCACCGGUCCAGGCACUGGUUUAGGCACCGGACGAAUAACGGGUACUGCUCCCGGUUCAAGCUCAAGCAGUCAAGUAUCAGGCUCAAAUACUAAUGUAUCGCCUAAUCCAUCACAUGAUUCGCGUUCAACCACACCUUUACCUACCAGAAAUCGACUUAGAUCCCAAUCGACCAAUCCCUGGAUCCAGUUGCUACACAUAAAAGACGAACAUACACGCACUACACUCCAGCAACGAUAUCUGGAGUUAGAAGAGGUUGAUGCUCGGUUGAUGGAGCUACAAAAGUCUCGGUUGGCCAUGGAAUCUGCUGCGAAGACAUUAGAGAUCUACGCAGCCAAAGAGGCACUCAAUGUGUCGAUAACCAAUGACAAAUUGGAAGAGUUUACGUAUUUUUAA